AUGGGUGAUGAUUCCAAAAUCGUGGUGAGUGCUAGUGCGUUUGCAACAAAGAAGGAACAUCCCUCGCGUGAUUACUCUACCUCGAUUACUUCUGACAAAUUGGAUGGCUCCAAUUAUGCCUAUUGGUCUCAUGGUGCGCGUAUUACAAUUACUAGUCGUCGAAUGGCAAGUUGGAUAAAUGGAAAUAAGCCUGCUUCGUCUUCAGAUUCUGUUGCCUAUGCCGAAUGGGAAGAAAAUAAUUGCCUGGUGCAGUCAUGGCUUCUCAAUUCCAUGACUAAGCCAGUUCGUGCCUUGUUUGAACAUGGUGCUACUGCUUAUGAUAUAUGGGAGGCCGCCUGGAAGACCUAUACUGUGACUCAGAAUAGUUCUCGUAUGUUUCAACUCCGACGGCAGUCCAUCCUGACGUGUCAAAAUGGUGAAUCUGUCAAAGUGUUCUAUGAAAAACUUCAUGCUAUAUGGCAGGAGAUUGAUUGUCUGCGUUCACAUGAAUAUAGUUGUGCCGAUGAUGGGGCUCGUCGUCUGAAAGAACUUGAACCCGAUCGAGUUUAUGAUUUUCUUGGAGGACUUGAUCCACCAUAUGAUGGUGUUCGUAGCCGUAUCCUUGCUCUUAGUCAUGUUCCGCCCUCUCUCGAAGCCUAUGCCAUGGUCAUGGAGGAAGACACUCGUCAGUCCGCUAUGCUUGGAGGAGGUUCAAUGGCCCUCAAAGUUGACCUAGCACGUCAACGACCGGCACUUACAGCACGACGCGACCAGUCGCCCCUCAUCCAGAAAAUUUUCUCCUUCUGCUGGGUCGUGUCCUGCUGGCUUUACCCCUAA